GCGUUCGCCUGACGCGGGCGGUGCGGCGGUGUCGGGGCAGCCUCGGCCCGUGAGCGGAAGGAGGAAGCGCCAUGGCCGGCGCUGAGGCCUGGGCCGGUUUCACACAGGAGGAGCUGCGGCGCCUGCAGCGAGAUUUAUCUGAGCCCUCGGAGCGGCCACGUCGUCCUCACCCUGCAAAUAAGAAUCGGAAGCAAGUUCAGCGAGCACAAGCUGUGCAGCAGCAAUGGCAGCAGCUGGGCCUGCAGGGCGGAGCAGCCCCGGUGCCUCCUGAGCAGCUGCUGUCUGUGCCAGCACAUAAACCUUGUGACCCCCAGCAGCCCGUGCCAACACCGCGUCAUAACCCAGCAGAUCAAAGGCAGCAUGACAGCAGGGAUGAGCAGAAGGAGCCAGUGCCAGCAGGGCCGUGUAAUGGCAGUGACAGCACCCGGAAUGUCACCCCAAAGACGAGCACCAAAGUGGAGAAAAAGAAAGUGGAAUUGUUAAGCAGGCAGGAAAAAUCACGGUGGGAGAUCCUCCAGCAAGAGCAGCGGCUGAUAGAAGAGAAGAAUAAACGCAAGAAGGCACUUCUGGCCAAAGCUAUUGCUGAGAGAUCCAAAAGAACUCAAGCUGAAACAGUGAAGCUAAAAAGGAUUCAGAAGGAGUUACAAGCUUUAGAUGACAUGGUGUCUGCUGACAUCGGCAUCCUAAGGAACCGCAUUGAUCAAGCCAGCUUGGACUACUCCUAUGCCCGGAAGCGGUACGAUAAGGCUGAGUCAGAGUACGUGGCAGCCAAGCUGGACCUCCAACACAAGACAGAGAUCAAGGAGCACCUCACAGAGCACCUGUGCACGAUCAUACAGCAGAAUGAGCUCCGCAAGGCCAGGAAGCUGGAGGAGUUAAUGCAGCAGCUGGAAGUGGAGGCAGAUGAGGAAAAUCUGGAACUUGAGAUAGAGGUGGAGCGGAUGCUGCAGCAGCAGGAGGCAGAAGCAGGGAGACAAGCCAGCCAGUCGCACAGUCGUGCUGGGACAGUUAAAGAAAACUCAGCUCCCACUGUUACAACAAAGGAGAGUGAGCAUGCUAACCAUGCUGCUGCCUCUCCUGCUCCCUCUGAACAGUUGGUGCUGUCUGAAAACUCUGCGACCAAAUCCUUCUCCAAUAUGGACAACCAGACUCAGGCAGUAAAUGUGACUCCAGGAGACUCCCCAGCUCGCUCUGAUACAUGACUACUACUUUCAGACAAGCCAGCUGGUUAUGGAUGCAAUACUCUGCAGGCUUCUGCGGUGCCAGUAAUAUGCACUUCAUUUUAGAGGAAUUUUUACUUAUUUUUUUAUUUUUUGAGAAAAACCUCUUUUGGAGCUCACCAUCUGUCCUUCUCGUUCUAUUCUCUUAGGUUCACUAAUGCCCAGCUCUUCAUGAGGCUUUAUACCUUCCACAUACGACACUCGGAGGCAAACAGUAGGGUUUUUCCAAAGGCUUUUCUGCAUACCAUUAUCACAGAUACCUGUUCCAAACCUUGUGCAAGAGAUAUGUAUCUAUAGGAGAAGGCUUUGCCACUUACGCUGCUUCUAAACACAUUCUGUCCCCUGACAGAUGCUUUGUAUCCAUAAGGGAUAAGUUUUCAACAGUUUUUAAUCCAGUGAAACCAAAGUGUAUAUUUUAAUUAUCUUCAUAGCCUACGCUACUUCCUGUACCUGCUUUAAGGGAUAUUCAUAUAUUGGGGGAAACUGCAAAGUUAAUCGUAGUAUUUCCUUUCUAUUGCUUCCUGUUUCUUUCAGAUCAGCUAAAUCAUGCAAAGCUCGUUAUUGAUAAUAAUAAAUAUAUAAUAAAUAAGCUCAUGAAUGAGUUCAUGAGCUCACAGCAGCUAUGAUUUAACAGAAAUAAUAGGUGCCAAUUUAAGACGUGGCUGAAUGUAUGAUGCAAAAAUAGAAACAAAGAAAACAGUUAUGAUUAAAACUGUUCCAUUAUAAACAUUUUCUUCUAUCAUCGUUGCCUCAGAAUGCUCAUAAUCAGCAUGGACCUUGUGAUGAAUAAUUCCCACAGCAUAUUGGAGUUGAGCCCAUUUUCCUGUAAUGAUCAGCGCAUUCUGUUGCCUGAAGAGUGGGUUUGUACCCCACAAGAAGUUGAGCUGUUUCACUCUGUUGCUGUUGAAAGGCUUUAGUAACUCCUCCAGGUGGAGAAAGUCUCAGGAAUUAAAACAGAGGAUGUAUGAAAGCCUCCAGUAGAGACUGAUGCAGCUGCAAACCUUGGGGACAUUGUGGAUAUACACUUUGUAACACAGGGAAGCUGCUUUCGUUGUGGCGGUGUUUUCUGUUAAUACCUGACCUGAAUAUGUCAGAGUUUGUGAAUGAGUUACAGAAUGAUGCCAUCAAGUGUGUAAAUGGGACACCAAUUGUCUCAAUAGCUUUAAUAGUGGAAACAAAUAUGUCACUACAUUUCAUUUUUAUUCUAUUAAUAAAUCAGUGCAUCUUCUU